AUGAAGAGUAAGAAUAGUAAUAACAAUUGUCACCACGGCGUUCCGCACGGCAGCUGCACGCGGAGCGAGCUUCUCCUCUUGCCCACCGCCCGCAGCCUCCCCGCAAGCCCCACACCGAGGCGGAGGGAGACGAGUGGGCGCAGCGCGCGCCGCGCCGUGGGCCGGGCCCUCCCCGCGCACCUCCCGGCCCCGCCCAGCCCCGCCCCGGGGCGCCUGCGUGUCCCGCCAGGCGGGCUCAGCGGCCUCUGGUUGCUAGGGACUAGAGGCCGCACGUUGCUACGGGGUGGGGAUGGCCUGGGUGCUUCUUUGGGAACAGCAUCCGGCGGGAAGAACCUGAGACCUCCCUGCCCUUCAUCUUGCUGCCUAGAUUCCGAGGAAAAGGAGAUGAAGACGAAAAGCCGGUUGUUAACCAAUAGUAGUGAAAAACAGCGCUUGUUAUUCCUUAAAAUGCAAAAGCACCCACAACUUCUUCGAAGACCCUUACCUCCAAAACUCCUUAAGCUGUCUUUAGAUAAGAAGAAAAUACGUACAGCCAAGACUGGUGAAACUGAGUCACCCCAUACAGAGUUCACUCAAGAUGAAACCACUUCAGUUGAAAAAGACAAAGCUAAUUUUCUUGCUAUUUCAAGAAAACAAGCACAAACAGUUGUCAGUACCCAAACUCUCUUUUUUGAUCAUCAGGUAGAAGAAAGAGUGUCUACUAUUUCAAAACCCAAAAAGUCUACUAAGAAUGUCUGUUGGUGCAUUCCACAGACUGCUACCAGCUCCAGAUUUUUUCCAAGUUUUCAUUCAGCUUCUACACAAGUUUUUGGGAAAGUCACAAGCCAAAAGGAAAGUUCAAGAAAGUCCAAGAAAGAGAAACACAAAAUAAAAAAGAUUUAUAUUAAUAAAAAUCUGGAAGACAUUUUAAUUCUUUCUUCAGAGUUCUCCAAACCUUUACAUGCUACUUGCCCGAUUGCCACUACCAAACUCAAAACAGUGCACCUUGGGUAUCGGCCCCUACCAAAGACUCCAGACCAUCCCUAUCAGCAGCCCUUGAAUGACUUAAGUGCAAUGGUGACAAGACCUCUACUUACUACCGAAUCGAUUAUACUAGAAAGUCAGGAGUCUGCACGUGUACAACAAGGUGCUACAGUGGUGCUAAGUAUUAGUCACUUUCCAGGUAUCACGUUUAUACCGACACCAAUUUUACCAAGAAAACCUCGAAGACAGUCUAUGUUAGAAACUCUUGGAACAGAAAAUGAAAAUGUAGAAAAUGUCCCAAAGCAAAUCACACCAAGAUCUCCUGAAGGUCUUGUUAUAACUAGAAGAAAAGAGUCACCGCUAAGUGUUUUACGUGGUGAAGGUUUUAAGACUAUUAGGGCAACACGAUAUGAAACAGUAAUAGCCAUGACCAACAUGGCCAUAGUAAACUGUCAAAUAAAUGGAAGAAAUGCACUUAAUCUUAAGGGCUUUUUUCUUCUGAAAUGUCCAGACUUAACACCUUUGGCUUUUCAAUUAAUAUAUCUUGAUUUAUCAUUUAAUGAUCUUCGUGACUUUCCCAUGGAAAUAUUGUGUCUCAAAAAUUUACAGAUACUGAAACUGAGAAAUAAUCCUAUCAAAGUAAUUCCCUUUGAAAUUCAACAACUUAAGUUCCUUAGAAUUUUCAUCAUUGCCUUUAAUUUGAUUACUGAUCUUCCACAUGGGUUAUUUUUACUGACCCAUCUUGAGGAACUUGAUAUUUCCUACAAUGAUAUUACUUCUAUUCCAAGUGAAAUCCAGAAACUCAGAUCACUUGAAAAACUGAACAUCGAUGGAAAUGAACUGACUUCUUUACCAUCUGCAAUUCUGAAGCUUAACCUGACAAAAAUCUCCUGUGAGAAUAAUUUCAUUCAUCCUAGUUUUUGGAAAGAGAAUUCUUUGAAUAGUCCACAGCGACUUACUCAAAUUACGUCUUGGUUCAUUGUCAGAAAUAAUCUGCAUAAAUUUUAUGAUGCAAUCCCUGCAAAAGUUCAGAAGUUACUAAAAUGCACAUCCAAGUGUGAAUGGUGUCAUGGUCCCAAGUUUGGGAAAGGUUUUCGUGUCAUCCGAUCUUGUGAUAUUUUCGGAGCAUCACAGCUUCCUGUUAUGUUUCAUGUUUGUUCCUCUUCUUGCUAUAGAAAUGUAAAGAAAAGCACUUAUAUUUCUGAUGUUAUUCCUGAUAAAAGAAUACCUCUAAAUUUGGAGUUGAGAGAAGGAUGA